UUAUUCGAGAAUUUCAAAUUGAUGUUUUGGUGUCUUUUUACAACGGUAGAAUUGAGUUUCGAGAAUCCGAGAUCUAGCCGAUUGGUCUUAAAUUUGUAGGUCUUGAAAGGCACUGACCACAAUAUCAAGAGAUGUAUAUCAAAUCUAUAGUCUUAGAUGGAUUUAAAUCCUAUGGACAGCGAACUGAAAUAAGUGGCUUUGAUCCCAUGUUUAAUGCCAUUACAGGUUUAAAUGGCAGUGGAAAAUCAAAUAUUUUGGAUUCAAUUUGUUUUGUCCUGGGUAUCAGUAAUUUGUCCUCUGUUAGAGCAAGUAGCCUACAAGAUUUAAUAUUCAAGAGUGGACAAGCAGGCAUAAAUAAAGCAACAGUUUCUAUAACAUUUGAUAACAGCAAUCCACUUCAGUGCCCCUCUGGAUAUGAAAAAUCACCUGAAAUCACCAUAAGUAGGCAAAUUGUUUUAGGGGGAAAAAAUAAGUAUUUGAUAAAUGGCAUCAAUGUUACCAGCAAAAAAGUCCAAGAUAUGUUCUGUUCUAUUCAGCUAAAUGUUAAUAAUCCACAUUUCUUGAUUAUGCAGGGACGUAUCACAAAAGUAUUGAAUAUGAAACCACCUGAAAUUUUGUCUAUGGUUGAAGAAGCAGCUGGUACUAAAAUGUAUGAGGUGAAGAGACAAGUUACACAAAAACUAAUAGAAAAGAAAAAUGCAAAACUCUUGGAAUUUCGAACAGUUGUAAUAGAGGAAUUAUCUCCUAAACUAGAAAAACUCAAAGCAGAAAGGGAACAAUACCUGGAGUUUGUUAGGCUAGAAAGGGAACUGGAGCACCUAAUGAAUAUUUUUCAAGUGUUCCAGUAUUAUGAAGCGAAGCGGGAUUUGGUUAGAGUAGAACAAGCAUUAAAAAAAGGCGAGGACAAAAUCAGGAAUAUUGAAGACACAAUUAAACAAAACAAAGACGCUAUCCAAAAACUGGAUGAUGAAAUUGAAGAGUCAACCACUAAUAAUCAAUCUCAAAGCUCUGUAGAACUGCAAGAAAUAGAAGCUCGUUUAAAACAACGUGUAAAAGAAGAAGCCAAAGUUAUUGCUGCUGUAAAAUCCGUACAUGACAGCAUUGCUUCGGAGGAUAAGAAGAAAAAGCAAUUAGAACGAAAUCUUACUAACGAGGAAAAAACUCUAAAAGCCAAAGAAACCGAGUUAAAUAAAGUAAAAUCUUUAUUUGAGAGCCUAAAAGAAAAUGAUAAAAGGGACACGGAUGCAUUCGCUUUGGCCGAAAAAAAAUAUGAAGCUUUAUGUGCGGGUAUGGAAGUCAACGAUCAAGGUGAAGCGGAAACAUUAGCAGAACAAUUAAUGAACGCGAAAGAAGAACUUUCAAGAGCAAACACUGAAAAUCAACAGGCUUCUAUGCAACUUGCUUUCCUUGAGAAACAAUUAAAAUCAAAGGAAAGAGAAGCUGGUGCUAGUUCAACAGAUUAUGACACUGAUCAAAAGAAACUUAAAAAAAUGGAAGCUGACGUGGUGCAACUAGAGAAUUCUAUGAAACGACUAAAUUUUUCCGAAGACCGAAUGUCGGAGCUUCAGAAUAUGCGCCGAACAAUACAACAAGCAACAAGAAGUAUGAGGGAUAGGGUUGAUAAUUUUGAAGCUUCGAAGCCAUAUACUUCAUUCAAAUAUAGAGAUCCAGAACCUAAUUUUAAUAAGUCUGGUGUAAAAGGGGUGGUUUGUAAAUUAUUUAAGUGCAAAGAUACUACAUAUGCUACCGCCUUGGAGACUGCGGCGGGUGCAAAGUUAUACAAUGUUGUUGUUGAUACUGAUGUAACCAGCAAAAAACUCCUUCAGAAAGGAGAUCUACAAACGAGAACAACGUUUAUUCCUUUAAAUAAAAUAUCAGCACGAAAAAUGGACCAAGAAACGGUUCGAUUUGCUCAAAGCCUGGUGGGAAAAGAAAACUGUCAGCCAGCCCUCUCUCUCAUACAAUACGAUCCUUCUCUACAGCCGGCUAUGGAAUUUAUUUAUGGAAACGUUUUUAUUUGCAAAGAUAUUAAUAUUGCCAAGCGAGUGACCUUUCAUGACCGUAUACGAAAAAGAUGUGUAACGUUAGAUGGAGACUCUACUGAUCCAGCUGGUACUCUUAGUGGAGGUGCAAAAAUCAAAGGUGAUCCAAUUUUAAAAAUUGUUUCUGAUAUUCAGAAAUUUGAAGCUGAACUUAGACAAAAGGAUGAUGAAUUGGCACAAAUAAACCAGGAAAUUAAUGAGAUGAGCUCAUCUGAACGUCAAUACAAUUCUAUUAAAGAUAGAUUAGAUAUGUCCAAGCACGAAUUGAAUCUUUUACGACAGCGGUUGCUAAAUACUACUUUUGCCAGGCAACAAGAAGAAGUUGACAGCCUUAAAUCUCAGAUAGCUCAAUUAACACAGAAAGUAAAAAGUUGUCAGGAAAUUGCACAACAGUAUAGUGGAAAAGUAAAGGAUCUGGAAGUUAAAAUGAGAGAUUCUACUGGAUAUAGAGAGAAAAGACUAAAAGAAGCAGAAGCAGAGUUGAAAAAAGCUAAAAAACAAAUGGAUAAAAGCAAGGAAGAGUGGAGAAAAAGGGAACAAGACUAUGACACCUUAAUGCUGGAGAUUCAAGAGCUCAAGAAGAGCCUUGAAAAUACAAAAGUCGAGCUAGGAAACAUAGAAGAACAUAUUAAGAAACUUACCGAAGAAUAUAACGAAAAGUCGGAAGGUUCCAGUGAAAUUCAGCAAGCGGUAAAAGACCUGCAAGAAGAAGUCAAAAAAAUUAAGGCAUUGAUAGCAGAAAAAAACAAAGAGGUGCAAAUAAAAAAUAAAAAGAAAGACCAACUUGCAGCAAAAAACACCGAACUAGAGUUGGAAGUUAAAAAACAUAACCAUGAAAUCAAAGAAUUGCAAACUGCUUUUAAGACAUCAAAACACAGAGAAAAAGAGUACCAUAACAAAAUUUCCAAUGAUAAUAUGUACUUAAAAAAGGGCGAAGAGAUGUCACAGGCGGAAGGAGUGGAAUUAGAGCGAAAAAUCAAAGUGGCUCAGGAAAAUAAGCGGAAGUUAGGUCGUACAGUCAAUGCUCAAGCUCAAAGUAUGUUUGCCGCCGAGGAGAAAAGGUUUGCAGAUAUAGUAAAAAAACAGAAAAUUGUUAUAAGGGAUAAGGAACAACUAGAACGGACCAUUAACGAUUUGGACACAAAGAAAGAACGAGCUCUGAAACUUGCAUUUGAUCAAGUUUCAAAAGACUUUGGUUCAAUAUUUGCCACACUUCUACCAGGUGCGAACGCAAAACUGGUCCCGUUACAGGGAAAAAGUAUACUUCAUGGUUUAGAGAUUAAAGUAUCAUUGGGUAAUGUAUGGAAAGACAGUUUAACAGAACUUAGCGGUGGACAGCGAUCAUUGGCUGCUUUGUCACUUAUUUUAGCAAUGUUGCUUUUUAAACCUGCGCCUUUGUACAUCCUGGACGAAGUCGAUGCUGCCUUAGAUUUAUCUCAUACACAAAAUAUCGGAAAUAUGUUAAGAUCACAUUUUAAAAAGUCACAGUUCAUUGUGGUGUCGCUAAAAGAUGGAAUGUUCAGCAACGCCAACGUAUUAUUCAGAACCAAGUUCGUAGAUGGAAUGUCAAUCGUUCAAAGAACAGAAAACACGCGUAAAGGAUAAACAAUAUCACAAUAUGUUAAUAACAAUCGAAACAUUUAUUAUGUAAGUGUUUAUUAGUUAGUUACAUGUUUAUUGGUAAUAAAUUUGUACGUUUUUUACAUAAA